AUGUCUUCAACCCCUCCAGGUGGCCAACGUACUCUACAGAAGAGAAGACAAGCCCAGACUGCAAAGGAUAAACAGGCCAAGCAGACACCAACUUCCGCGAGAACCGCUGGUCAUGGGGGUUCUUCUAACUCCAUCCUGAAGAUCUACACGGAUGAGGCCAAUGGGCUGAGAGUGGACCCAUUGGUGGUUCUGUUCCUAGCUGUCGGCUUCAUUUUCUCCGUUGUUGCUCUGCAUGUCAUUUCCAAGGUUACUGGUAAACUUUUUUAA